GUUCGAGGGAAACAUCCUGAGCUUGCGCGCUCUUCAUCCCCUAAAUAUCCUCACCCCCUUUUUUUUACCUCUCAGUAGCUUCUGUACUUUUCGUAACAGCCAGUUGCCGCUGCAACGCUAGUCCCAACGGAAACAUCAUGAACACUGUCCGUUAAUUAUUGUAAUUAAGCCCAGCAAGUUUUGUUCACUAAAUUAUUUAUCACCCCAGGAUUAACUCUCACGGAUUUUUAACACGUGUUGACGGGCGAUAACUAAGUGAAUGUGAAUUUUAAUUAGUGGAAGGUUUAUCCGUAAAGUUCAUAAUGAAGAUUGAUGUGUUGAGUGGUUCCUAGUGAAGGGAUCGUUAUUUUCGUGCAAGCUGAUAACUGUUGUUGGUAGUUAUUUACUCCAGUUUUGAAUUUACGUAGAAGCCAGUGCUGUGGCAGAGGCUAAUCGACAUUCCUUCGUAAAAAUAGAUUUUCAUGAUUUUCAGUGGUUUCUCACCUGCACAUAACUGAAGGGACUCGGCAUGAAGUCUAAGAAGAAGAACAAGGAUAAGGGUAAGGAUGGGAACAACACCAAGAAGAGCGCGACACAAAUCGAAACGAAAUUACGCGUCGAUGAGGCUGGGGGUCAUCUUAAGAGUAAACUUUAUAACAAAGCUCUGCUGUUGUAUAAUAAGGCCCUGGAAAUGAGUCCGAAUGAUAAGAACGCACUGCUAGCAAGGAGCAAGUGCUAUCUUCUCCUGGGAGAGCCGCAGAAGGCCCUGGAGGACGCUGAGGCGGCGUUGAAUGAGAAAAUCAAAGAUCCUGGGAACGCUCGGGCCAUGUACUACAAAGCGGAGGCCCUUUAUCACCUAGGAGACUUUGAAUUGAGUCUGGUUUAUUACUACCGUGGUAUGCGGAUUAGACCGGAGUUUGAUCAAUUUCGUCUGGGUGUGCAAAAGGCCAAGGAGGCCAUUCAAAACAUUCUGGGAGUGUGCCUAUUAAAAUCGAUCCCGCUGCGAGGGUGGAGGAGAUUAACAAAACUGAGGCGGCGAAAAUUCCCGCCAACUUGGAGAUACCAGAGGAUCCUGCACCGACUGCUGCGAAAGAGCCGGAGAGAUCAAUGAGCGCUGAUAAGACGAUGAGUGAGUCUUCGGGGGAUAGAAGGAGACUGUCGUCACAGAGUAAACGAAAAAAUAACUGUCCCAAUCUCCUUGGACAGCUCAAUGUGGAUAAAAAGUACCUUCAGGACUUGUUGAAAU